UUCCGAAUCCAACAAUUGAACCGGUCCGCAAUUCAACUGGUCGGACCGGAUGAUUGGAUCCAGUUUCUGAAACUGCACACCGAACCUAUAGAGUAAUGGAGGGACUGAAGAGCAGAGCUCUCCACCACCUCUCGCACACCCACAAGGUUCUCGCCCUCUCCUCCUUACACCAUUUCUACGACCACCUCCUCCAAUGCUGCACCAGUCUCACCACCCUCAAACUCAUCCACUCUUCCCUCUCCACUCGUGGCUUCCUCCUCCACACCCCUCAUUUUCUUGCUCGCCUCAUCAUCCUAUACUCCAAACUCGGCGACCUCCAUAGCGCUCGCACCCUUUUCGACCACCGUCAUCACCACCACCAUGGCCACACCCAGGCACCCAAUUCCUUCCUCUGUAACACCAUGCUUCGCGCUUAUGCGAAUGCCGGCCGAUCUUACGAAGCUAUAGACUUGUAUAUUUAUAUGCAGAGAAUGGGGGUUGGAGUUAAUAAUUUUACGUACCCGUUUGUGCUGAAAGUCUGUGCUUCUGAACUGGGUGCUGUUUUUGGAGAAGUGGUCCAUGGGCAGGUUGUGAGAACUGGGUUUGGGUCGGAUCUCUUUGUGGAGGCGGCUUUGGUGGACAUGUAUGCGAAAUGUGGGGAGAUUGGGGACGCCCACGAAGUGUUCGAUCGAAUGUUGAUAAGGGAUGUUGUGUGCUGGACAGCGAUGAUCACGCUGUAUGAGCAGGCUGAUCGGCCCCUGAAGGCCCUAAUGUUGUUUCGGAAGAUGCAGGAGGAAGGGUUUUUAGGAGAUGAGAUUACGGCUAUUUCUGUUGCGUCUGCUGUUGGGCAACUGGGAGAUGGCAGGAUGGCGAUAUCAGUUCAUGGCUUUGCAGUGCUUAAUGGGUUCAUUGGAGAUGUUAGUGUUGGGAAUUCAAUAGUAGGGAUGUAUGCGAAAUGUGGGAAUGUGGAAAGGGCGAGAUUGGUCUUUGACAGGAUGGAAGAAAGAAAUGGCAUUUCGUGGAAUUCUAUGCUUUCGGGGUAUACACAAAAUGGACGACCAACUGAUGCUCUGUCACUUUUUAAUCAAAUGCAAGCUUCUGAAUGUGAUCCUAAUCCAGUGACAGCCUUGAUUAUGGUUUCGGCAUGUUCUUAUCUCGGUUCUAAGCAUCUUGGAAGGAAGCUUCACAAUUUUGUAAUAAGUAGCAAAAUGGAUAUCGAUACUACUCUUAGGAAUGCGAUAAUGGACAUGUAUAUGAAAUGUGGAGAUUUAGACACUGCUGUUGAAAUGUUCAACAAUUGUGAGCCGGGCGAACGAGACGUUAGUUCUUGGAAUGUUUUGAUAUCAGGAUAUGGAGUGCAUGGGCAUGGGAAGGAAGCUCUUGAGCUCUUCUCAAGAAUGCAAGUGGAGGGUGUUGAACCAAAUGAUAUCACUUUCACAUCCAUUCUUUCCGCUUGUAGUCAUGCAGGUCUUAUUGAUGAAGGUAGGAAGUGUUUUGCCGAUAUGACCAAGCUGUCUGUCAGACCUGAGAUGAAACAUUAUGCUUGCAUGGUUGAUAUGCUUGGUCGAGCUGGGUUCUUGAAUGAAGCUUUUAGAUUGAUCAAAAAGAUUCCAUCACGACCAAGUGAUGAGGUAUGGGGUGCAUUACUUUUGGCUUGCAGAAUCCAUGGGAAUACUGAGUUGGGGGAAAUUGCAGCCAAUAAUCUCUUUCAGCUUGAGCCAGAACAUACUGGUUACUAUGUGCUAAUGUCAAAUAUCUAUGCCGCAUCAAACAAAUGGAAGGAAGUUGAGAUGGUGAGACAAAAUAUGAAAAGUAGGGGAUUGAAGAAGCCUGCAGCCUUCAGUGUGAUUGAGUUUGGAACAGAAGUUCAUGGGUUCCACACAGCAGACCAGUCAAGUCCAUACUACAGAGAGGUUUACAGAAAGGUAGAGAGCUUGGCAAUUGAGAUGAAGAUGGUAGGCUAUGUGCCAGACCUGUCUUGUGUUCUCCAUGAUGUGGAACAGGAAGACAAGGAGCACUUACUCAACUAUCACAGUGAGAAGUUGGCUGUGGCAUUUGGGAUAAUGAAAAUGAACCAAGGAAUGCCAAUUCAGGUCACCAAGAACCUAAGGGUUUGUAGUGAUUGUCACUGGGCCUUCAAGUUUAUUUCGUCUAUUUAUGGCCGGAAGAUUAUUGUAAGAGAUGGCAAUCGAUUCCAUCACUUUCAAGGUGGUAGAUGCUCAUGCGGGGACUAUUGGUAAGCCGCCCAAUGCCCAAGAUUUUUGGAUCAGAGAUUUACAGGAGAUCUCUCUCUCUCUUUUGGGAGGUUAUCUUUACACCUGAUGCUUCAUGCACCCAUUUUCAAUUACUUCAUCCUCCAGAGAUUCCUGAGUUUACACAUUCAAACUCUUGCUGAAUGACAUAGCAACUCGAAAUGGUAUUCUUAGAGGUGCGUCUCGUCUUGAGAUAUGGUCACUGCAACUGUUGCUUUCAUAGGGGAUAAUGUUAUAUCAAGAAAUAAUCCAGACAAACUGAUUUGGGAUUGUACUUCUUGCCUUAACUCUGGAACCAAAAAUGGUUGAAUUUAUCACAUUAAUUUUCAAAUAUCUCUGCAUUGUUAGUCUAUAUUUCCGUACACAUCAUUCCUAGGUACAACAGAAAGUGAGGAUGAAAGAUAGUUAGGAGAAUGGAGGGACGGUAAAAGAAAACACCCAUGGAACAAUCAGUUUUCACAUUAAUUAACCUCAUUGUCUUCCUUGUAUCUAACUUAAUGCAGGGAAUCCUACUUCAAAUGUCUGUACCACCUCAGGGCCACUUCUUGCAGUUAACCUCCACAUGCAUUGAUUUUUCAGAUGCAUCAGCCACUGGCGGAUUUAGCUUAGGCCCAGGAGGGGCACAGCCCACCCCCCCUGGAAAAUAAAAUUAAAUAGUGGGAUAGAUCCUUUCACCUCAUGUACAAAGGAAAAGCAAGGUUUUCAUUGAACUAUAUACAACAGCCUCCCCACUUCUUGACCCCCCUCAAAUACUUCUUUUAUUUAUGCCCCCCCUAGACUCCAUUUCUGGCUCCGCCACUGGCAUCAGCUAUUACAAAGAUGUAGGGUCAUGACACUGAUAUGCCAUCUGAAAGUUGGUGUUUGUGUCACCAUCAAAGCAGCUAGGUUACUUUGUAGCUCAACCUGAACAUGUUUAUUCUGAAUCAUCAAUUGCUUGAGACUCUGUUAUCUGCACAACAGGAAAUUCAGUAUAGCUUUCCUUUCAAAUAACACUGGCUUCAACAGUGUGAUAUGGAUAAAAGGCUAGUGUUCUUUUUCAAUCCUACACUUAAGCUAUGGUCAAUUAAUUGAGGAGAUAUAUUCUUAUGCAUGAUUAUCAGGUGACAUAGGUUGACCUUAAAGGACAAAUUAUCUUCACAUCUGAAAGGAGGGCCACCAUCCAACAACCAUUGAGUAAUGGAGAGGUAAUUCAGAGAAUGCAGCACUAGUUUAAUUUCAGGUGAUUUUGCAGCUGGGCUUAGCAGUCAGAGUGACUCCAAUGAUCAGCAUUUUGAAGGACAUCAUGAACAAUAUGAAGGUGAUGGAGGAAGAGAAAAAUGUUGAUUUGGAGGGAGAAUGGAACGUAUCAAAAGAAGAGACGGAGGAGGUGUGUAAAAACUUGAUGGCUGGAAGGAGUACUUCCUCUGGAUGAGGAGGGAGGACUUCUGUUGGCUGAUGAGGAACAUUACUUCUUCAUCUGGUUUAAAGGGGCCAAAAAAAUGAGAUGGCUUAAAGUGAUAGACCUGCACAAGUACUGCAUUGGUGUACAUAAAAAGGGGAUGUGCUCUUGGUCUCAUUGCUCUCAUUGCUACCAAACUGCAUGAUUAUUGGCACUGAAAGCCUCAACGAUCCAAUGUUUCAUUGUGAUCACUCUGGCACGUGCAUGGUCUGUGGAUAAAAUAAUUCAUGACAGUGUAAGAAUUCUGGGAACGGCAAAAAUAAACAAAUAGAAGGUGAAGAGGCAGACAAACCCCAUAAGCCUUCCAUACAAGAAUACCCUGCUCAGGCUUCUGAAAGUUGGGCUUUAUUGGCUGGCUUCCAACAGAGACUUCACCUGACUGCUGCUGCCACACAGAUAGGAAGGCUGGAAUGAGCUCCCAGCAGGCUUCUUCAUCACAUUCAUCAAUCACAAUGCUGCUUCUUGCCAUGGGCAAACUGUUGUUGCCUUCAACUCUUAUCAGGAAAAGUUUAGCCUAUAUAUCAGAUAUCAUAUUUAUGCUGACAAUCAUGAUUACAAUAUUGUGUUGGACAAACUCAAUCUGAACUUGUAUGGAAUCA